CGACCACGUCCGCGUCUAAUGCUCGCUAGUUUUUUAUGCCGGUCGGUUCGGGUCGGUAUAACAUUUCGUGUGACGGGGUGCGCCGCCGUUGUGCACCCACCUACAAAAUACAGUAUUUAUGAUAUAAUCGAAAAGGCUCGUCGGAAUGGCGCAACCGCUGAGUGACGAAGACUGGAGAGUUUUCGACAUCCUUUGCGGCCAAAAAAUGGAUUCUGAAGAUACUAUUAGUAAUCACGAGAUGAUAUCCACGUUGAAAAGCGAGUUGGCUGCAUUGCAGUUCAAAAGAGAUCGCCUUAUGUCCGAGCUGCAAGACACCAAAGGACAGCUUCGGAAUAGAGACCAAAGGACAGUAGAGCUCGAAGCUGAGACGGAAAUGUUGAAAGAACAGCAAGUUAGACAAAAUUCAAUCAUCGCCAGCCUGAGAAAUAGAAUAAAGGAAUUGGAAGAUCAAGAGAGAUCGUUGACUACGUCAUUGGGAAGGGCAGAUAUGUCAUCCGAAUCUUUAGCUAGAGAAAAUCGUCAUCAGGCAGAAAAGUGUUCUGAAUUGGAGCGGAAAAUUGAUUUAUUGGAAUUAAACUGUACUAAAGCUGAAAACGCGAGAGACUCGGCAAGAAGAUCAAUGUCAGAGUUUGUAAGUAGGACUUCGAUGGCGUUAGGGUACGAGUCUUUGAAUUCAGAUUCUCCAGCCGCUGUUGAUGUAGUCUUAUCUAAAGCGUCGGAAAUGCAUCAGGAAUUAAAUAGAUUGCGUCGUAAAAAUAUUUCCGCCAGUGAAAAUUUAACCUCGAUAGAAGUAGAAUUGAGGAACUGUAGAGAGCAAUUAGAAAGAGCCUUGGCUGAUAAAGAAAAUCUUCAAAGACAGGCUGCUGGUCAUAUUCUUGAAAUAGAUAAGUUAAAACAAGAGAAAGAACAUUUGGAAAUGCAACAAAGAGUAAUGGAACGUGAUUUAUCUGAACUCAGAGAUAAACUAAUGGCAACCAACAGGAGUUUGGGUGUUGCGUCUAGCAAUAUUGCCAGUCAGGAGGCUACUAUAUUCACUCUUCGAAAUGACUUACGUGGACACGACGAGAGAUGUCAAAAAAUGCAGGUUGACAUGCAACACUUUUUGGAGUCAUUGGCUGUAUGUCUGACGUCGGCGGAUGGAUACGUUCAGUCGACAGAGAGUGGUGUCAAAGAUGCAGUGAAGAGGCUAGUCAACGACUUGGCUACUAAGAGCACAUUGCACGGGGAAUCCAAGGACAGGAUAAUCAGUUUGACCGACCGGGUCGAACGGCUGCAGAUCGAUCAGGACAGAUUGGCGUCGGAAAACCGAGUAUUGACGGACGAAAAACGCAACUUGGAGACUCGAUUAAACCACGCCGAAAGCGAACUUAAUGUGUGUGAAAUGACUAAAGAACAUUUACGUAAUGACAAGACAAUUUUCGUUACAUUCCUCGACAAACUGUCAAGAGCCAUGCACAUGGACCAGAUAGCAAAAGACGUUGGCGUUGACUUACACACGGAAUCGUUGCUGCUACGUGCCGAACAGCUUGCCAAAUUGGAAUACGAUAAAAACAUCGACAAGUUACUGCUCGGUUAUCCUUAUACGUCGUCGUCGUUAUCCAGACAUCGUUUAUAUUGCGAUUUUCCUUACAGAGAAAGUGCUUUAGUUUAUCAACUGCAAAGACGCGUACGCACGCUAAGGGACCAGCUGCAAAGACGUGAUCUCCAUCUCGAUUUGUUACGUAAGAAAAUCAGUGUUCAAGAUGAGAGUACAAAAAUACGCUCACUCUUAGAAACAGAAAGAGAUGAAGCUAACAUACGGGCUAAAAAGUUACAAAAGCAAUUGGACAAAGCACAAUUACAGUUGACCGAAUGCAGAGCGCAGAUUCGAGACUUGAAACUACAACUAUCCGAUGCUGGAGAUUGUAAGUUGACUUCGUUGGAAAGAGCGAAGAAAAUCGAUGAUCUCGAGAAACGUCUCGUCGAAUCGGAGAUGUUGCGGAUGCGGUUUUCACGAAAAGUUACUGUGCUCAAAGAACAAUUGAAAUCGACUUCCGAUUGUCAUAACCAAGACAAAACUCUAAACGAGCACACGAUGCGAGUGUUACAGGACGACCUAUCGUCGAUUAAAUUCCAAUUGAGCGAAGUGAAGCGUCGAGAAUGUUCCCUCGAAGAUCUCCGACGGACGGUGAUAAGCUUGCUGGCGCUGGACUCGUCAUGUACCGAUUACGAGAUCACGUCGAAAAUAACCAAAUUGGUGGCCGCUCACCGAGAGUUUUCCAUCCUGUCAAAGAGAUACGACGACCCAUUGCCAUCUUAUGUUCACCUGCCACCGCCCUCUGAGUCGUCAGACCCGUUGACAGUUGACGACUUUGAGAUCCUGAACAACUCGUACAACAAACGUCCACCGAGGAAGACUUGAUCGACGACUUCGACGCCUCACCCGGUUCAAAUAUUUUAGUCUUCAAUGAGUGGAUUUUAUCUUGAAGUUCUCCUCACACCUAUUCGACAUGUGCAUGAUAAAAUAAUAUAUUCGCGUUAAUGUAUAAUAUAUAUGCAGGGAAAGACGUGCGAACAAUCAUAAAAUCAUAAUAAAUAAUAUAUUAUAUUCGGUUAAAUUGUUCGCUAAUACGUAUCCAAAACAAUGUUGUGGGUAAAUUUUUCACACAUUUUUUGACUUAAAACAAUAUUUUACCUAUUUUAUCCAUAUUUUUAACGUCUUCUAUGAAAUGAUAGAAUAUAGGCAUAGAUUUAUAUUUUUAAAUCAACCCGUGCUAAAACUUUAUUGGAUGUUUUGAAUUUUCCACCAUUCUGUAUAAUCAUACACUUUGACAUUAUGCAUAAUAUUUUUGAUCUACAGCCGAGAAUAGGAUUACUAUUUAUAAUUUAUAUUAUUUAAUUUUUAUUAGAGCAGCCUUUAAUACAUCCGCAACCGUUCUACAUGAGUUAUUUGUGUGAAUUUGUUCGAAUCAUCUUUUCGAUUAAUGUUUAUCGUGCGUUGUGCAAGUAUAAAAAUAUUUUAUAGCUACAUAGGUAUUUAAAUAUUAUGUAAAUAGCGUUUAAAAAUUAAAAAUAUUUAAAUAAAUGUGUCAUAUGAAUUUCGGAUUCCUGUUAUCGAUAUAACGAAGUGUUUUCAGUGUAGAUUUAAUUUUUGCUAGACAAAUAAAGAUGAAUUUUACGAGAGGUCUAUAGGUACACGUAAAUUUUAGUUUAUUGUCAAUUUAAUACGCUAGUUUUGGAAUUAUUUUAUACUUCAUUGUUACGAGUUAACGACACUUGAUAAAGUAGAUUCUGAGCUAUUAAAAGGCGGACGUUUAAAAAUGUAAUUUAUAAUAAUGUAAUAUAUUUUAUCGCUUUUAUUGUGUCAUACUAAUAUAGGUACUGUGAUACAUCAAAGCAGAUCGUUUGUUUGUGUUCAAUCUCUAAAUCAUUAAUUUAAUAUUUAUAAAUUUUAAUGCAUAUCGUUGAAACUAUGUGUUCAUACUUUAAAGUUUAUGCUAUAAUAAUAUAUACAAUAAAUAAAUUGUUAAAAUAUAUCUAUAAAGAUUGGUAUUAACUGUUUUGUUUUAUAAUGUAAGUACACUGUUAUGACUUAUUAUUAUUAUUUUUGUAAAUAUAUUUUUGCCUGACGUCCAUUAAUAAUUAACUCAUUUAUUUCUGUGGUGA